ACUUCUUUGCUCCUUUCAGAUGAUGCUGCACGCUUGGGAGAAUUACAAACUCUACGCCUGGGGUAAAAACGAAUUGCGGCCGCUCAGUCAACGACCACAUUCGGGCAGUAUUUUUGGUGCCUACGAUCUGGGCGCGACCAUAGUCGAUGGUCUGGACACACUCUAUCUAAUGGGGUUGGAGAAGGAGUAUCAAGAGGGACGCGAUUGGAUCGAACGUAAAUUUUCGCUAGACAACAUUAGCGCCGAUCUAUCGGUAUUCGAAACGAAUAUCCGUUUUGUUGGUGGCAUGCUGACGCUGUACGCUUUCACCGGUGACAACAUGUACAAAGAGAAGGCACAACACAUCGCUGACAAGCUGUUGCCUGCCUUCCAGACGCCCACCGGCAUACCAUAUGCGUUGGUAAAUACACGAACCGGUGCAAGUAGAAAUUAUGGUUGGGCUUCAGGUGGCAGUUCGAUUUUAUCCGAAGUUGGCACAUUGCAUUGCGAAUUCGUAUAUCUAAGUGAUAUUACCGGUAAUCCGCUAUACAGGGAGCGUGUGCAAACUAUACGCCAAGUUUUGAAGGAGAUAGAGAAGCCAAAGGGUCUCUAUCCGAAUUUCAUCAAUCCAAAAACGGGCAAGUGGGGACAAAUGCACAUGUCGCUGGGCGCUUUGGGCGACAGUUUCUUUGAGUACCUGCUGAAGGCGUGGCUGCAGUCUGGACAGGUAGAUGAGGAGGCGCGUGAAAUGUUCGACGAAUCGAUGGUAGCGAUUAAUGAGCACAUGAUACGAACCAGUUCGGGUGGGCUGACGUAUGUGUCCGAUUUGAAGUUCGAUCGCUUGGAACAUAAAAUGGAUCACUUGGCGUGCUUUGCAGGUGGUCUCUUCGCCUUAGCUGCUAAUACGCGACAAAAUCAAUAUGCCAAUAAAUUUAUGGAAAUUGGCAAAGGUCUGACAAAUACCUGUCAUGAGAGCUAUGCAAGAACAUCUACCAAAUUGGGUCCUGAAGCUUUUCGCUUUAGCGACGCAGCCGAAGCGCGUGCCUUGAAAUCUCAAGAGAAAUACUAUAUACUACGACCGGAGACGAUCGAGAGUUACUUUGUGUUGUGGCGUUUGACGCACGAUCAAAAAUACCGCGACUGGGGCUGGGAGGCUGUGCAAGCGCUAGAGGCACACUGCCGCACGCCACAUGGCUAUUGUGGCAUCAAAAAUGUGUAUCAGGAGACACCGCAGAAGGAUGAUGUGCAACAGAGUUUCUUCUUGGCGGAGACAUUAAAGUACUUGUAUUUGCUCUUCUCCGACGACUCCUUGCUGCCGCUAGAUGAGUGGAUAUUCAACACGGAGGCGCAUCCGUUGCCCAUCCGUAGCGCGAAUGCCUUCUAUCGCGCGGCACCACCCGCCCAAACGCAACUCGACGAGAAUCGUUAAAAUGUUACGCUAAUGCAUUGACAUUUCACAUUGACGCUGCGUGUGGUCCUCAAUGUGCCUCUCAAAUGGGGUCACUCCAAUCCAAAUGUAAACCUCUGCAAUUAGUGUUAAUUUGUUUUUUUUUUUUAACGAAUAUGUAGUUAUUUUUAAAUUUUUUUAGUUUUUUUAGGAACGCAUUGAAAUGUAGCUUAUAUUUAUAUAAUAGUUGCCUAGACGAUCCACACUGGGUAUGUUAUAUUUUUUUUUUUUUUUGUUUUUUAUAUAACUUGUUUAGGAUUUUUAUUUGUAUUCUGAGUGUGGAGAUAAUCGCAUAUAUACGUGACAUGUAUGUACAUAAGUUUGUAUAUUUUACCUGUACACCGACAACCGGUUAUUUCUUUUUACUUACAUACGCAUGUGUAAUAUAAUAUAUUUCGAAUGUGGUAAUAGAUUUUAUUUCAAUUUUUUUUUUCAUAGAACAUAAAUCUUAGUAAUAAAUUUUUAGGGCGUAACACUUUUUUUCUAAAUUUUUAAAUUGUUCAUGACGGUUUUGUUCAACGUUGACCCGUGAAGGCUUUAUACACUUGUAAGAACAAGCAAAACAACAAACAACUAUAAAUUGUAAAAGUUUUCUUUAACACAUUGCCAAGUAUGUUCUCUGUAAUGGAAUGCAUUAAAAUAAAAAAAUUAUUCUGUACAUGUGAAAAUGCCAAUGUAGAAACUAUUAUAUAUAUAACGAAGAAAUAUAUGUAUGUAUUUACUUACUGUUUUGUUUGUCGAUAAUUGUAACAAAAUAGCAACAACUGUAUCGUAAACAAAUAACAUUUAUUUGCAAUUCACGCACCUAUGAUAUUAAACGUAAACGGGUUGAAAAACGCUAUGUAUAGAUAACUUAAGCCGGACGAUUAUUUUCGUUAUAUGAAAAACUUUGUAAAAACCUGACGGUCUCGAAAUGAAAAUCUAUAUUUUUAACGAUUUAUUUUGGAUUUUGAUUUCGUGUUCAUGAAUUUGCUUCAUUUAUUCUCAUCAAAGUUAGUUGGUACUCGAUUUUUUUCCGUAAUUUUUUUUUUUUUAUUUCACGUCAGUACGCAUUUAAAAUGUAGAGAGAGUUGCGCUGGGUAUAAGGCGAUUACAGAUUUCAGCGAAUUUUUUUUAUGUAUUUUUUUGUGUAUUCUCGAAUGCCUCUGAAAGGCACCAAAAAUUGACAAUGAUAAACUUUUAUCAGCAGCAAGUCUAUAAAGCAUUUCUAUUAAGCGGGUAUUCUAGUGUAGAGGCAUGAAUUUGAGGUGUGUUUUCGGGUGCUAUAAAUAAAAAAUAAAAAAUAUUUUUACCAUUAAUUUUUUAACAAGGUAUUUAUUAACAAAGGGUGGUUAAGUUUCAAGGACCGGUGUUUAUUUUGAAUAAAAUACAAUUUUCUUAGGGAAUUAUUGUCAUUUCUCUUCAUUAUGAUAAUAUUGGGCUGGCUUAAUUACUUAUGGGGCAAAAUAUCGGCCAAAUGGCUUCCGCGGCCGCGGCGGCACACCUCCAUCCGAUGGUCCAAAUUUUCGAUGACGCUGAGGCAUAAUAGAGGUUCUAUGCCGUUAAUGUGCCGAAUUAUCUCAUCCUUUAGCUCUUGAAUUAUUGCUGGCUUAUCGACGUACACCUUUUCUUUCAAAUAACCCCAAAGAAAGUCCAACGGUGCCGUUGGCGUUUAGGUGUGGUUCACAUUCAACAUUGGCCCUUGAAAUUUAACCACCCUUUAUUUUAAAAAUACAAAAAAAAAAUUAAAAAUCUCAAAAAACUAAAAACUCAAAAAGUUAUAAGUUGUUGAAGUGGGGGGUUAACAAAAAAUGGCGUGCCAUACCUACCACGAUUGCAAGCGUUCUAAUAAUCUGAAACAAAAAACUAAAAAAAGUUAAUUAAUCUUGAUGACUGCUGCUAUCGUACGUACUAUUUACAAAGAAGUCGAAAAAAAAAUUUUUGUGCCCAAAUUACAGCUGGCCGCGAAAAUGAUAAAUUUAUUUACUAGUUUUUUUUAUUUUUCGGAAUUUUUUAAAAAUAGUAAACAUUUUAUUUUGCUUAUAAUAAUAGUAAGUACGAUAGAUAUAUACACUAAGAAGGCUCACACCAAAUUUCAAGUAAAUCGGUUAAAUAGAACCUGAGAAGUCAAGGUAAACAUUUUCAAAUAGGUAAAGGGUAAACAUGAAAAUAGUUUCGAGAAAAACGCGUUUAAAGUUUUGCGUGAUUACGCCCUCUGGCGUUCUAGCCGAGCCAAUUUAGAAGUCGUGACACUAAAAUAGCUACAAAAAAUAUAAAAUAAUAAAAAUAUAAUAAAUAAUAAAUGAAAAUAGCUCUGAAAAUAAUUAAAAUUUUAACAAAUCCUUUUAAGGACAUAUUCUUGAAAGGUUAAGAAUAUCAAAAAAAAAAACGAUUUUUUCGAAUUUCUACACUAGAAUACCCCCUUAACAUGGAAAAUUUAACAUGAAUUUCUUGAGCAUAUCUUAUUUGGCAAAACAAUGUACUAAAACUGUGAAAAUUUGCAGUCAAAACAGUUUUAAGGAGGAUUAAAAAAAUAAAAAUAAAAUACAAAAAAAAAUUAAGAAAUUUUUUUUUUAAUUUCAAACAAAUUUCCAAAAAAUUUUUUUUUUUAAUUUCAAAUAAUUAAAAAAAAAAUUUCAAAAAAAUUAAAAAAAUUAAAAAAAAAUUGGUUUAAUGUGCCUCCAUGCAGCUGCGUAAAUAAACCAAUAUAGCCAAAAUAAGUUCGUCGAAGUGAAAUUUCAGUCUUCCAUUUUGGUCGCAUUUAACAAAGCGCACCCGUCGUUUCUUUCUCGUGCUAAUCGGCGCCAGCUGGAAAACUUGGAAAACACCAAGUGAAGCCUAGUCCUUCUCCACCUGAUCUUUCCAACGCGGAGGGGGUUGUUGUUAUUGUUGUAGCAGCAUAAACAUUCCCCAUACUUACAUACGGGGAAUGCUGCUGGAGUGACAGUACUUGGCCGGAUAUAAAUCCGGGUCGUUUCGGUAACGUAGAACCGACUGUUGUGGAAACGCGGAGGAGGAUUCCUCUUCCUCUGCUACCGCCAGCUGGUACCGCAUCCAAAACUUUCAGAGCCGGAGCGUUUGUAUCCAUUCGGACGGCAUGACCCAGCCAACGUAGCCGCUGGAUCUUUAUUCGCUGCGCUAUGUCUAUGUCGCCGUAAAGCUCUUACAGCUCAUCGUUCCAUCGCCUGCGAUACUCGCCGUCACCAACGCGCAAACGUCCAAAAAUCUUCCGCAGGAUCUUACUCUCAAACACUGCAAGGGACGCCUCAUCGGAUAUUGUAAUCGUCUAAGCUUCUACACGAUACGUUAGGACAGUCAUGUUGAGAGCCUUAGAAAGUGUUAGUUUUGUUCCUUGAGAGAGAACUUUACUACUCAGUUGCAUUCUUAGUCCAAAGUAGCACUUGUUGGCAAGAGAGAUUCUUUGUUGGAUUUCAAGGCUGACAUUGUUAACGGAGUUAAUGCUGGUUCCCAGAUAACCAAAUGUCUCAAAGUGAAAUUUCAAUACAAAACAAAACAAAAAGGAAAAUAUUGGUUCAAUUUGCAUUCAUCAAAAUGCGUUCGGCUGAGUGAAAUUUCCACAUAAAAAAGAAAACAAAAACAAAAAACACAUGUUGGUCGUACAAACCAUGAUUCAAUUGUUAAAGAUUUGCUCACUCGUGACAUUAGAGUUUUGACACUCCCUUACAAAAGGUUGCAUUUAAGAAGGGCGAAGAAAGUGGAAAAAUUAAAUACCUUUUUGGUAAAAAUGGUAGCAAAAAAUGUUUUGUUUUUACUUAAAUUAUAAAUGGUACAAGCAGAAAUGGCCAGAAAUUAUAUUAGAAAAAAGGUUAUUAAGUUAAACCCUGAUUAUAUUUUGUGCAUUAAUUUUUAAAUUGGAAACUGAUCACGAAGUUGGGAAGUUUUGCUAAUAUGACGCUAUAAUUUUACCUAAGCAUUAUGGCCCUAAUGAAAGCCUCUCAGAGAAGAAGCGAUACAUUUUUUAAUCAGAAUUUUAAAUUUUUACAAUACAUCAAAACUUUAUGGGUUUUCAUCAAAAUUUCAAGUUUUUUAAUCAGAAUUUUUAGAUAUAUAAUAUAAGUCCUUUCAAUUUUAACAUAAUAAAGUGCAAAUUUUUUUUAGUUUUUUUUUUGCAUUCCUUGAUAUGUAAUUAAAAAGCAAUUAUUUAAGAAAAAUAUCAAAAGGCAUAUUAUAUCGCUAAAUGACUGGGCUAUAAUUUUGCAUAUCCUUAGAGAUUCUGAUUAAAAAGUUUGAAAUUUACAUGAAAAUUUUCUGAUUUUUGUAACCCUUAUUUUUAUAAAUUUUGUUUUUUAAUAAAAAUGAGUAAUAAUCAAAACUUUUCAAUAUUUGGUGUUUUUAUAAUUUUGCAACGAGAUAUAGUUAUUAACCUGCAGCUAGCAAAUGAAUCAAAUUAAAAAGUUUAUUUUGAACGUGGUCCCUCCAAUUAUUAAUAUUUUUUGUUUUUAUGACAUACUGACAUACCCAGAAAACGAAAAUUGUGAGGGGAACUUUGGCUGCCAUGUCGCUUUAGGAUUCGGCAGCCGAAUUUU